AAGUUUCUUACCAAGCCUUAUUUCCUGAAGUCGACUUGCCAUCUUUUUCACUUUUGUCUAUUUUUGUGAAAGUACUUGUAUUGAUCCAAAAAUUAACUGGAGGGCAGGCUUUCAACUGUCCCACUUAAAUUCUUAGAAUAUGCAGUAUUUGCUUAUGGUAGUUUGUGUUGAUAGUGAUGGCGUAUCCGUUAGGUCCACAAGUGAGUUUACUCGAAACACUGAUAAAUCUUUCAUACAGCUAUGAUGGCUUCUCCUGGUGAUCCCAAGACCUGUAAGAACCAGGAUGGGCUUCUGGAGAGCAAGCUGGAGGAAGAGUGUAAGUAUACCACCAGACAAGACUGGAGCCUAGAAAUGAAGACUUAUAACAGAGAAGUUUUCCGAAAACACUUCAGACAGUUUUGCUACCGGGAAACGUCUGGACCCCGGGAAGCUCUGAUCCAGCUCCGUACACUUUGCCAUCAGUGGCUGCGGCCAGACGUGCACAGCAAGGAGCAGAUCCUGGAGCUGCUGGUGCUGGAGCAGUUCCUGACCAUCCUGCCAGGGGAGCUGCAGGCCUGGGUGCGGGAGCAGAAUCCUGAGAGCGUGGAGGAGGUGGUGACCGUCCUGGAGGAUCUAGAGAGAGAGCUGGAUGAACUAGGAUAUCGGGUCGCAGUCCAAACAGAAGAGCAGGAAAUGCCCUUUCAGGGGGUGAAGCCUCUAGGAGCAGAGCAAGAACCCAGUGCCUCCCUUCAGUCUGUAAAAGGCAAGCUGAAGUGUGAACCUGCAGAAUGCGACAGCCAAGAGGAGCGAGUUUCAGGUGUGAAGACAGGAAGUGAGUCCAGGAACGCAACUCUAAAGCAAGGCCUUCGUGAAGGAAUGGAAACAGAGGAGACUCCCUCCGGCAGAUUGGCAAAGGGCGCACUGCAGCGUGAAGAAACCCAAGAGCCUGCAGAGGAGCCUUCCGGUGCUUCCGGUGAAGACAGCCAGCCGCUGCGGAAUGAAAAUGGGCGAAAACUGCAUGGAUGUGAGGAGUGUGGGAAGACGUUUAGUCAGCACUCACGCCUCAUAGAGCAUAAGAGGGUGCACACUGGAGACAGGCCCUACAAAUGUGAAGAAUGCGGGAAAACUUUCCGGUGGAGGACUGUUCUUAUUCGGCACAAGGUGGUACACACUGGAGAGAAACCGUAUAAGUGUAACGAAUGUGGCAGGGCCUUUGGCCAGUGGUCAGCUCUCAAUCAACAUCAGAGGCUUCACUCGGGAGAAAAGCACUACCACUGUAAUGAGUGCAGCAAAGCCUUUUGCCAGAAAGCAGGCCUCUUUCACCAUCUCAAGAGCCACAGAAGAAACAGACCGUAUCAGUGUCUUCAGUGUAAGAAAAGUUUCAAUCGCCGCUCCACACUGACUCAGCACCAAGGAGUUCACACUGGUGCGAAACCCUUUGAAUGCAGCGACUGUGGGAGAGCUUUUGUUUACAACUCGUCUCUUGUGGCCCAUCAGGAGACCCACCACAAGGAGAAAUCCUUCGCUCCCACUGCUCCUGCUCAACACAAGAGGAACCGCACCAGGCCUCAUCCCUACAAGUGCAGUGCAUGUGGAGAAGCCUUUGCUCAAAAAGCCAGCCUUACAGAACAUGAGCGGACGCAUACUGGAGAGAGGCCCCACACCUGUGCUGAGUGUGGGGCGGCCUUUACUCACAGGUCAGCUCUCACGGAGCAUCAGGCAGUCCACACUGGGGAGAGGCCCCGCCAGUGUGAUGAGUGCGGAGAGACCUUCAGACAGAGGUCAGACCUUAGUAAGCACCAGAGAGCUCAUAGCAGAAGUGCUCCCUAUUCGUGCAAUGAGUGUGGGGAAUCUUUCAGGCAGAACUCGACUCUCAUCCUUCAUCAGACUACUCACAGAGGAGCCAGAACACUCUCUGUGGUGACCACAGGGAAGCCAUCUCACAGUGUAGGCUGAUGAGGAAUGCUGUAUUUGUAAUGCUUGGUGGCAGCGCUCCAGCCCUUGGUGCUAUACAGAGACCAUAAAUAUUUGAUGAGCGCCCACUGUGUACUGUCCAUUGCAUGGGGCUGUGAAGGAAGGAAGUCUAACUCCAGAGUUCUAGAGCGUUUGCAACCUAGCCUGGGCUGUGAAAAUCUGCCAUAGUUACAGUAGAAGGGCCAUGGAAUUGAUGCUCAGCAUGUUUUGGAAUAAAGUGGUGGAAAAUAAGUAUCAAAUUUUGCAGGACAGAUUCCUUGUACGCCUGCUCAGGAAAGAUUUCUGAAAGAUCUGGUUGGAAAUGAGGGUUUGAUGAGUAGGUCUGGAAGACGGAAGGGAGAAAACAUGUAGGUAAAACCAGUGGACAGAAGCUGGGGUGCAGGUCUUCUGGAAGCCAUCUUAAGUGCGGAACUGAUGAGCGUUAGCCGCAAAUAGCGUGGGGACAAGAGGAGGCUGCAACGCCAGGAACACUCUUCUCUCCUGUCUCUAAAGUACCUCCGAGUACAGUGUACUCAUUUUAGAAAUGAUGUGGACAUGCAUGCUUGUUUAUACAGCACUCGUGAUGCUAAGGCAGGUGGAUUAGGAGUUCAAGGCCAUCCUUGGUUACAUAGGGAGUUCAAACCCAGCCUAAAUACAUGAAGCCGAAAGAAAAAGAAAACAAGAUACUGGGGGCUGGAGAGAAGGCUCAGCAGUUAAUAGCAUUUGUUGCUCUUGCAGAUGACCUGGGUUUGGUUCCCAGCACCCACAUGGUGAGGGCUCAAAACCAUAAUUCCCUUUCCAGGGCAUCUGAUGCCUUUUUCUGACCCCUGUAGGCAUGAAGCACACA